AUGGAGUACAAGACCGAGGGGAAAGAAAAAUACCAACAUGGCUUGAAUUUACUGAAUAAAAUUAAGAACAUGAAAGAGUUAGCAGAAAUGAUUGAUGUAGUACUUAUAGCUGAAGAGGAGAAAUUUCCUUGUCACAGACUGAUCUUGGCAGCAUUUAGUCCUUAUUUCAAAGCUAUGUUUUCCUGUGGGCUACUUGAAUGUACUCAAAGAGAAGUCAUACUCCAUGACAUUACAGCAGAAAGUGUGUCAGUGAUACUAAAUUACAUGUACAACGCCGCUUUGGAUAUCAAUAACAAUAAUGUGCAAACUGUAGCUAUGGCUGCCUAUUUUAUGCAGAUGGAAGAAAUCUUUAAUGUGUGUCAGAGAUACAUGAUGGACAACAUGGAUGCUUCUAAUUGUGUGGGUAUCUAUUAUUUUGCAAAGCAGAUUGGAGCUGAAGAUUUAUCGGAUCAAUCAAAGAAAUAUUUAUAUCAGCACUUUGCUGAGGUGAGCUUACACGACGAAAUCCUGGAUAUUGAAGUGCACCAGUUUCUGAUACUGAUUAAAUCAGAUGAUCUUAACAUAUCUAGAGAGGAGAGCAUUCUGGACUUAGUUCUGCGAUGGGUUAAUUAUAACCCAGAAUUGCGCACAGAACAUCUUGUUGAGCUUUUGAAGCAAGUCAGAUUGGAACUUAUAAACCCUUCGUUUUUAAGGCAAACCCUAAAAAGGAACACAAUGCUUCUGUGUGAUGCAGGCUGCAUUGACAUCAUUCAAAAUGCAUUCAAAGCCAUCAAGACACCCCAACAGCAUUCUCUAAAUCUUCGUUAUGGCAUGGAAACCACCAGUCUUCUGCUUUGCAUUGGCAACAAUUCUUCAGGAAUCAGAUCAAGGCAUAAGAACUAUGGAGAUGCCAGUUUUUGUUAUGCUCCUUUGUCACGGAAGAUCUAUUUCAUCUCGUCUCCAAAGUAUGGAGAGGGUUUAGGCACUGUGUGUACUGGGGUCGUCAUGGAAAACAACACUAUCAUUGUGGCUGGAGAAGCAAGUGCCUCCAAACUUGCGAGACAAAGGAAUAAGAAUGUUGAAAUCUACAGGACACUAGAGUUCAAUUCCCCCAUCAUUCACCUGUCAGUGGAGGGAAUCCGAAUGGCCCCAUCUGCAGCUUUUCUUUCUGCUGUGCACGAGGCUGCCCUGAGUCCAGGCUGCCUCUGGGGGCAGAUGGAUCUUCCUGAUGAAGAACCUGAUCGAUUAAGCAACAAACUGUUACAGUAUGACCCCAAGCAAGACCAAUGGACAGAGCGAGCCCCCAUGAAGUACUCGAAGUACCGAUUCAGCUCAGCCGUAGUAAACAACGAGAUCUAUGUCCUGGGUGGGAUUGGCUGUGAAGGCAAAGACAGGGGCCAGGUUCGAAAGUGCCUUGAUGCUGUGGAAAUCUACAACCCUGAUGGGGAUUUUUGGAGAGAGGGCCCUCCCAUGCCAACUCCCCUCCUCUCCCUCCGAACCAACUCUACUAACGCCGGAGCGGUGGACGGGAAACUGUAUAUCUGCGGGGGAUUCCAUGGAGCAGAUCGCCAUGAGGUUAUCACCAAGGAAAUACUGGAGCUGGACCCUUGGGAAAACCAAUGGAAUGUCGUAGCCAUCAAUGUCCUCAUGCAUGACAGUUAUGACGUCUGCCUAGUGGCCAGGAUGAAUCCUCGAGACCUCAUCCCUCCACCUUCAGAUUUGGUGGAAGAAGACAAUGAGCCCUGA